CGGAAUUUAUUGUUGGUCUUAUUAUUUUACUUGUUGUUUUUAUUUUGUGAUGUAGUUUUUUUUAGUUGUUCAAGUAUUUCACAAAAAAUAACUUCACUUUUUUCCAUUUUCUUUUUCCUUUAUUUUCUGUAUCAAGAAUUUCGUUGAUUUCAAUGACGGCCCUACUCAAAUAGAUGUUGAGGCUACUGUUCAGUCCGGGGUAAAAGCAGUUGAGCUUAUGGUAAUGUUGCUUUUGUGUUGUUUUUUGGUUGUGUAAAGGUUGUUAUUUUUUAACCAUGCUCUAAUUCCUUUUUAAUACCAUAUAUAAACAGAUGUCUUCAGAUGGAAUUGGUGGUGAUCCUUGUAAACAGAUUUCAGUUUCUGAAAAUGUUGAGGUUACGGAUCGUCGUCUUGUUUGUUUUGAGAUGGGUGCAACAGGUCUCAAUGUUGAUUCUAACAUUGAACUUGAAGAUGACCCAAUUCCCGUUGAAGAAACUCCUCUUGUUGACAAGAGGAAAUCUAAGAAACCCAUAGCGCUGACGUCUCCGUUUAUGGAGUAUGACUCUUCCAUUUCUAGUUCUAAAGAUGGUUCUGGUUAUGGAGUUGUUAAGUAUGUGGCUGGGUUGUGUCCUCUCGAUGAUAAGAUUGGUGAAGAUGUAGAACAUAAAGACGAGAUUGAUUUUGACUUGUGGCUUGGUGAAGGACGCCGAUCGAAGAAAGAUCCGCAUGAUAAGGAGAAGGUUUACUUGAAGGGUAAGGAUAAGAUUGUUCCCCCUUUUCGUUUUGGCGUGGAAGAUGUUGCAACCAAGAUGUGGUUCCACAAGCUUGCAUAUCCUGGCCAAUGUUUGACUAAUUCUGUAAGUUAAUUUAUUUUUUCUUU